GAGAACAGGUCGCUGCGUUGCGCAGCCAGGAUGGCCAAGUCUACGUGGUCGACACUUACUGCCCUCCCCUCGGGGCCAACCUCGCCGCCGGUGGGCACGUCGUGGGCAAUUGCGUCGAACGCCUGUUUCACGGCUGGCAGUUUUGAGGAAAAAAAGAUGGAAAAUGCACCCGCAUCCCGCAUGCUGAAAAAGUGCCAGAUUUUGUGAGGGUCUGCAGCCCGUCCUGCGAGGUGAACGGGAUGCUGCUGGUCUGGUACCACCGCGACGGGGUCGGUCUGGCGUGGGCAGUGCCCGAGCAGCGGGAGAUGGCCACCGAAAAGUGGGUGUUCCACAGGCAGACGAAGCGCUUGGUCGAUGCACACAUCCAGGAAAUCGCCAGGAACGUGGCCGGCACGGCUCACCUGGCUUUCUUCCACGGACCAGCUAUUCUGGGCAGCUCUAGUCUAAGAUACAAAAGGUCAAAGCUGUGGGAUUUUAUGAAGCAUAUCUGGAAGGUGGAGUGGCCUCCACAGCCAGAGCCCAAUGAGCAUUGCUCCUGGCUGCUGGUUCAACACACCGCAACCGUCUUUGGGAAGCACGUCUCCUUGAUAGAUUUCAUGGUUUCAGCUGGGCAGGUGGGGCCAGGGCUGGUUCUCCUGAUCUUUGAACAUGCUUUCCUUGGCCAUGGGAUCAUCCUGCAGACAGUGACUCCUCUGGAGCCUCUCCUGCAGAAUGUUGUCCACAAGAUCUACUACCAGAAGAACAUGCCAGCCAUAAUCCCAAGUUCAUCCUGA